UUGACCAAUUAAAUAACCAGAUCCAAGAUGGCAGCCUUGUUGCGGUCACCACGAGUCUUUCGUGUCGUUCCGGGACUGUUACGAGCAAUUCAAGCUCAAUCUAAUGGAUACGGAUCCACAGCAAACCGUCUUACAUUGUGCACAGUCAAUUCUCCUAUCUUGGAGAAUAUAAGGGCACUCUCCAUCUCAUCUGUGGUAAACCAAACUUCUCAGGUAAAUCAAGAGACUGAAAUAAGUAAGACGGUCAGAGCAGACAAUGAAUUCCGCACAGUGCUACGCCGUUUGGAUGAUAUGGUACGCAGGACUGGCCGCAUCACUAAGAACCAGCUCUUACUGGUCUUUGAUGAAGUCUGCAAUAUGGGCACAGCGACCCCGAACCAAGCUUUGUUACUGAUAAGAAGUUGUGGUUCCUUACUACCUGAGGUCAAAUCUGAAGAAAGAACAGCCCUGGCUCAUACAUUCUGGGAUAAACUUGGGAGUAUUGGAGCAACGUAUGAUGUGAGUCACUAUAAUGCACUCCUCAAUGUGUACCUUCAGAAUGAACAUAAAUUCUCACCGACAGACUUCCUGGCCAAUAUGGAGUCAAAGUCCAUUGAACCAAAUAGGGUGACUUAUCAGAGAUUAAUCAGUGCAUACUGCCUCCUCGGAGACAUCCAAGGAGCUACAAAGAUUCUUGAGUUUAUGAAAAUCAAGGAACUACCAGUGACUGAAGGCGUGUUCAAUUCACUCAUCACUGGACAUGCAAGAGCUGGGGACAUGGAUAAUGCACGCAAUAUACUUGCUGUUAUGAGGAAUGUUGGACUUGAGCCUAGCCAAGAAACGUACAGCACUCUCAUGUGUGCCUUGGCUGAGAAGGGAGAUAUUCAGGCCAUUGAAGAGCUUAUUGUAGAAGCGGAAGCGCAAGUAGGUGAAAUGCCUGACCGAUACUACCUGAACUCCCUGUACAGUCUGGCCACGAGUGGACAUGAAGAACAUUUCCCCAAGCUGUUGGAGAGAGUGCGACUAGGUGCAGGCUUUGUUCCUGAAGCCAUCAAUCUUUGCAUUACUCUGAUCUCGAGAGGAAACAUAGACGCGGCUUUCUCUAUCAUCAGAGUCUUCAAGUCUCGUAAGAUGGACACUUCCACAGGAGACGAUCAUCAAAAUCAUGGAAACUUCUUCAUUGAUCCGCUGGUUCAACUCGGAACGCCCCAUGAGACGCUCUUUAAAUACCUGGAUGCAAUGAUCAGCGAGGGUAUACAUGCAUCUCCGUACAUUGUAGCAGUGCAUGUUGGUCUUAGGAACCAGACCACCAUUCCACAUGAAUACACCAUUGGUCUGAUGAAGAGGAUGGUAGAGUUGGAUUUACCAGUGAGGCCACACUACUUCUGGCCCAUGAUGGCCACUGAAGUAAACCAAGGGAAUGGACAGGGUGUUUUAUCAUUGGCCAAAGCAAUGGUGGAAGCAGGUGUACCAGUCAAUGUAGAGACCUAUUCUCGAUAUGUGAUCCCGGCCGUCGAUGGAUCAGCAACUAAUAUGAUACAAGAACUUCAGGGUUUUGGCGUAGAAUUAGAUAAGCAGUUAUUGACUGCAGUUUGCAGGCACGAAGUCACCAAGAAUAAAUUAGCAAGCAUCGUCAAGAUAGUGGAGCAGUACCCUGGUAUGGUAGACAUAGGUCUCUUCAAGACUGGACUAAUCAACUCUUUCAACAGGUCCCCUCAAGUGGAGCCACUUGUCAAGUUGUUGACGCAUUUAUGGACUGAGUUCAAAGAGGACCAAGACAGUGAUGUCACCAAGGAAGACUACCUCGGCAGUGUGCUAUAUGAAAUUAUCAAGACCAUUCCUGAACAGAGAGCCAGCCAACUGAAACCUCAUGUUCAACUGCUCUUUGACAAGCUCUUCCAACAGGGAAUUAAAAUUUCAGCCAUACGGUUCAGAGGAGUUCGGAACCUCCUGGAUCAGAUUAAGUUGGCGCCACUCAAACCGUCGGCCUAUAAACUUCUGGAUCCAAACAGCGUGAAUGUAAACCCCAUGGGUAAUGUCGACUUGAUCCUGAAAGAGAACCUCUCAGUCGAGUCUCUGGAAGAACAUCUUAAAGAGAUGAAAGAAAAAGGUGGCAACUACAGGACCGUCUUGAGGCAGCUUAUCCUCCUCAAUUCUGCACGUGAUAAUUACAAUCGAUGCAUGGAGUUGAUGGAAGAAUUUGAGGCCAAGGGCUACGAGGCGACUGGAGCCAUCUAUGCAGCCUUGCUGACGGUUUGCAGCAAGAACCAACAGCUCGAUAGUGCAUUGAAAUACAAGGAAAAAGUAAAACAAUUUGACCCGUAUUUCAAGCUGGACAUGUCAAAGUACAAGCCGCUGAUCUGUGAAUUAGCUAAAGCAAACAGAAUGGAUGAGGCCUUGGAAUUGGUUGAAGACAUGAAGGUUUCAGGGGUUGGAACGGACAGACAAGAAAAGCAGCUGUUCCACCUCCUGAAUGAUCUCGCCCAGGCAGGACUACCUGAACAGACUCGGCAGAUCUUUGAUAAGCUGGCUGAGCUGGAGUUGAUCAACGUCAACUCUAACAUCUUGGGUCCCGUCGUAACUGCGUACAUUGUCAAAAACGACAUCGCUGGAGCCAUGGAGUGUGUCAAGGAAUGCCAGACCAAGUAUAAACUCAUGCCCCACUUUCAUGAGAUUCUCAUCAAGCUGGUGGAAGAAGGAGACACUGAGCAACUUCAGAAAGCGAUGGAUUUUACCAGUGAACACCACGGAGACAUCAACAUGCUCUAUGAUCUCAUCUUUGCCUUCCUCUCCACCGGCAAAUUCAAAGAAGCUAAGAAGAUAUUUGAGACACCUGGUUUGGUUGCCAAGGAUCGUCGUCUUCAAUGGUACGCUGAGCACUGCAUCGGCAAGAACAUGCCUGAAGCAUUAGAGAACCUCUGUACUUUGUCCAAGGAUCUCUAUGGAUGUGACAGGGAUAAUCUUCACUUCUUCUUGCUGCAGUUGUACGCUCGACAGCGAGAGCCGGACAAAUGUCUCCAGGUUUGGACGUCAAUGCAAGAUGAAGGAGUUGUGCCCAAGGAUCGUACCCUGAGGUACCUGGCCAAUGUCCUCCGCUCGUACGACAAACCAGUCCCCUUCCAAGUACCUCAGUUGAUUGAGAGUACAAUGAGUCAUGACGACCCGGCUGUUGACUGUCAGAACAAGAUCAUCUCCACAAUACAAUCUGGGGAUCUAGAUGGAGCGACAAAGAUGCUGGAAGAGGCAAUAAGUGGAGGAAUUGAGCUGAAGAUGCAAGCCUACGAAGCAUUAAUGUGGGAGAACCUCCAUAAAAACAACACCCAGGAGUUUACGAGAAUCAAGGAAAUGUGUAAAGAUUUGAAGGAUUUCUCUGUGAGUAAGCAUCUAAUGAACAAGCUGAUGUUGGUGUAUGUGAACCAAGGCAAUGAAGAAGCUGCACAUGAACUCUUUGAUGAACAGCUGGACCAAGGCAACGUACCUAUCCGCUCCGGGUUGCGCUACUUUGCCUUGAAGUAUGAAGAGACAGGAAACUUAGAAAAGCUGCUAGAAAUGAGGAUGAAGUAUGAGGAGAAAACGCAAGAGACUUUCCCCAUGGGAAGGGCAAUCCUGGGUAGUUUCAUUAAGAGGAAUGACAUCGCCGGAGCUGUGAGUUUCAUUGAGCAAGAGGUAGAAAGAGACACAACCAAAAUGAAGAGGUUGGGUCUACGGUCGUUCUUCGUCAGGUUAUUGCAGAGUGAAGCCAACAUGGAAGAGGUGUUCGAAAUGGUGAACAGAUUUAACGAGAAGGAUUUAGACGGUGGAGUAUGGCAGCUACUAUUUGCUCAUCUUGACUGCAAUCAGAUAGAACAAGCUAAAGCGUUAGCAGAGAAAUAUCCAGUCAUUAAGGAGAAGUCUUCAGGGCUGAUAGGUUACAUCAUUUCCAUGAUUGGUAAAGAUUCCGACUUGAUUGGAAAGAUUACCAACGUUCUGGAGAUGACUGAGGGCAGUGAUUAUCUGGAUAAAAGCAAGGUCUACUUUUAUCUCUUCAAAGCCUAUGACCAAGCCAAUAACUGGGAGGAAGCCUUGAAGCUGAGAGAGAAGAUGGAAUUGGACAAUGUUCCGGUGACAGACUUCAAUCUUAAGAGAAUAGCACUACUUCUUCAACGCAAUAAACAACCGGUUCCCUUUGAUGAACCACCGAAUCCUCUGAGCCAUUAUAGAGACCAAUCAAGACUUGACCAGAAAGACAACCUUCUUGAGAUUGAAGAAAUCGCUCCAGAAGGAAGUAGAAGAGUCAAUAGUAGUACAGAAUAAAUUAGACUCGACACAUACCCUUAUCUCUCUAUACACUUCAGCUGACUCUUGAGAGAUUUUACUCCAGAGCCAGCAGAAGAGUUUACAAUGGUACAGAAUAAACUAGAUCUACACCAUACCCAAUGAUCUCUCUACACUUCUGUAGACUCUGGAGAGAUUUUACUCCAGAGUCAGCAGAAGAGUUUACAGUGGUACAGAAUAAACUAGGUCUACCCCAUACCCGAUGAUCUCUCUACACUUCUGUAGACUCUGGAGAGAUUUUACUCCAGAGUCAGCAGAAGAGUUUACAGUGGUACAGAAUAAACUAGAUUUACCCCAUACUCUGAUCUGCUGACUCGGGAGAGAUUUGCAGAGAGCCAGCAGAGGAGCCCAUUUUGGUAUAGACCUUGUGCACAUGACUUCAUUUGAAUAGGGUGCCCACAUGCAGCAUUAAAAAGGAGUUUGCUCAAUUGUCCAUUCGGUGCACUGUGCAUGCACAUCUGUAUGUCCACUUUGUUUAUUGCCAUUUUACUUUCAAGAUGGUGCCAGGUCAUUGAUCAAUGCAUGGGGUCUAUAAACUAGAUUCGGCUCAUAAACCUACACCGGGUAUAAAAGCAUGUUUUGUGCAUUUGAUGUGAUCAAAUUAUAGAUAUAUUAACCUUACCCAGGAAAUGGUACUGUUUGCCAUGAAUAGGGUUUUGUAGUUAUAACCAGAAAGUAUACAUUAUACAUCUGUGAACAGUGUUAAAGACAGGGUGUACUUUUGGUAAUUGUCAAAGACCAGUAUCCCCAUCAAAGGCCUCAUGCCUGAAGCCCGUCUUGGACUUAAAUUUCUUUAGUGAAAAUCACCUCUUUCAAAAUGGGUCGUUUCUAACAAUGUUUUAUGCCAUCAACAGCUCUGCAGUGCUCUUUACUAAGUACAUUUUUGUUGUCAUUAACUUGUGGAGUAAUUACCAAAAGUACAGCCAGCCCUAAGUUCAAAACUUCUGGUCAUUGAUGUGUGAUUUAUGAAGUAUCCAAAAUUUGAAAAUUUCUUUUGGCGAAAAUCCAUACAUUUUAACUUUAUAAGAUUGUAAGAUAUAUUAAGGGAUAAAAUAAUUGAAUCCAUUGUUUCUGCCGAUCUUAAGGUGGUGUUGGAAGUAUGUUUCUUUUUUAAUUGAUAGUUGGACUAAUUUAUUUUGUUACUUUCAUAUGCAACUAAUGAAAUAUAAUUUAUGGGGAUUGGGGAAGAAUGUCCUACACUUAAAUUUGUCAUGUUUUUAAUAGUUCAUUGAGCUCGACACUGGACGACAGGCCUGAGGCCAGUGGUUCUCAGUGUCCGGCGGUCAUGUGUUUAUCAACUGAAUCAUAUCUUAAAUAGAAACAAAUUAUGUUCAAAUGUCAACUUGUUAAAUUCUAUUGCGUAAUGAAGUAUACGUAAUACAUAAAAAGACCAAUGAAAACGCCCUCUACCAGUUCUGUGUAGUGUUGAGUGCAUGUUUAUGAAUGUAGGGCCUAUUCUUUACCCACUCGACAUAGUCUUAGUGCAAUUAUUGCUCAAUUAAAAACUAAUGAAUGCAUGUUGUCAAUAAUCAGGAUAUUUUUUGUGUUCUUGAUUUAAAUUGUCUGGUCCAGUAAAAAUGCUACGCUGCAAUUCCUGCCGUCUUGUUCUUGUGCGUUUUUAACUUGAAUUUAAUCCCUGCUUCAUUUCACUAUCAAGUUAGUCCAGCUAGGGAUUCUAUUGACUUCAUUUUGAGUACAGAAUGCAGAAGACUCAAAGUCAGCUAUUAUACAUACUAAAAGUAAGGAGGUAGCCUUGGGGGGGGGGAUUAGUUGUCUUUGAAUGAUGCAGGACUGAUCCCUGGAGAUAAUCAGAAACAAUUUUCAUAAAUAAAAUUUCAAAAUAUUUCUAGUAAUUUUACACUUAAGAUUUAAUGGUUUGUGUCUGCGCCAGAUCGGCUUUAAGCAGCUUGAUUUUAACAUUAUGUUUUUACAUUAUCUGAGUACCAGAUGAAUAAUUAAAAUACACAAUAAAGUGAA